AUGCCAGCCGCAAGCGAGAAGGUUUCAUCUCAGGCGAAACCUCCUUCAAUAUCAGCCGUGCCAAUGUCAGACUCCAGGGCCGCCAUUGAAUCUGGAUAUAGUCAGCCAAGCAAGGCUGAGGCAAAUGAGAGCUCCGACAGUGGUAUGGACAGUCAACCGGAGAUGAAGUCAGACGGUUCCACGAAAGGGCUUCCUCUGGUGAUAACAGUUUCCGCCCUCGUCUUCGUCAUGUUCUGCGUCUCGAUCGAAAUGACGAUUGUUUCGACUGCCAUUCCACGCAUUACCGACGAGUUCAAUUCACUUCAAGACAUUGGAUGGUAUGGUUCAGCUUACUUCAUGUGCAUCGCUGCCUGGCAGCCCACUUGGGGCAAAAUUCUGAAAUACUUUCCUUUGAAUAUCGCCUUUGCCAUCACCGCCAUUGGCUUCAACAUUGGAUGUGUCAUCUGCGCAGUCGCCCAGAAUUCUGAAACGCUGAUUGCCGGACGGGCUGUCCAAGGGGCUCUUGGUGCCGGCCUCCCGCCUGGAAUUUACACAAUCAUUGCAUUUGUCGCGCCUCCCAAGCAGAAAAACAUGAUGAUGGGAGCCCUCGCAGCCGUGUUUGGAAUCGCCAGCGUAUUGGGACCUAUCCUGGGCGGUGUUCUCACAGAUCAUGCCAGCUGGCGCUGGGUGUUCUGGAUAAAUUUACCUAUCAGUUUGCCGGCAGUCGUUGUCAUCCUGGUCUUUUUCAAACCACCGUCUGCGGCGACGCCCCCCCAAGUGACACUCAAGGAAAAGCUUCUCCAAAUGGACCUCCCUGGCACAUUCGUCAUCAUGGGGGCGGUUAUUUGUUAUCUGUUGGCGAUGCAAGACGGAGGAGUAGUCAGACCGUGGAAUUCUGUUCGAAUUAUCGGCCUGCUCGUCGGUUUUGGUCUACUGUUGAUCUUUUUUGUCGCGAUUCAAUACCUUUCCGGAGAACGCGCUGUCUUCAGAGGUCGAGAGGUCAAAAACCGCACGUUGAUGGUAAUGUGCGUGAUUGCAUUUCAUGUUGUCGCUGGCUUCCAACUACUUCUGUACUACCUUCCAAUCUAUUUCCAAUCGACAAGAAGUGUAUCGGCAGCCAGAUCAGGCACUAACAUGCUUCCUAUUGUGCUGUCAUCAUCAUUCUUUGCAAUUGCAUGCGGAGUGAUCAUGAGUCUCUGGGGCCGAUAUGUGCCUGUGAUACUGAUCGGCUCUGUUCCAAUGACAGUUGGGGCAGGCUUGCUCUACACGUUGGAUGUCAAUUCCAGUACGGGAAAAUGGGUUGGCUUUCAACUGCUUGUCGGGACAGGUUGUGGACUUGUCCUCCAGGUGCCCGUGAUGGUGGCACAAAGCAUCGUGGAAUCGGCGGAUAUUUCGACGGUCACAGCCAUCAUCAUGUGGAGUCAGACUAUUGGAUCUGCUAUAUGGGUGUCAGCGGGAGAAGCGGGAUUUAGCAAUAAAUUGCUGGAAAUGUUACCUGUACGAGCCCCGAACGUCGAUCCGGCCCGCGUCCUGGGCCUGGGAGCUUCUCAGAUUGCAAAGGUAUACCAAGGAGAGCAACUAGCAGGUGUGUUGCAAGCGUACAUGGAUGGCGUCAAGGUACCAUUUACGCUGGUAAUAGCAUGUUUCUGUGUGGUGGCAGUUGCAGCUCCAUUUGCUCGGUGGGAGAGUAUCAAGGGUAAGAUGGUGAUGUGA